CUGGCCUAUAUCAUUUGUGUUUUUGGAAACGUUACUAUUAUUCUGCUAGUUAGAACCGAGCCUUCUCUUCAGACUCCAAUGUACUUCUUCAUCAGUAUUUUUGCUGUCUUAGAGAUAAUGUUUGCCUCUGUUACCAUUCCAAAACUGUUAGCUAUCAUCAUUCAGACUAAGAAGACCAUCUCUUUUUUUGGUUGCUUUGUCCAGAUGUAUGCCUUCAAUGCUCUUGGGGAGACAGAGUGUUUCCUUCUAGCUUUAAUGGUCUUUGACCGAUAUCUAGCCAUUAAUAAUCCAUUACGGUACUCAACCAUAAUGAAUAGUCCAGUUUGUCAUAGAUUGGCUGUCCUGCCGUGGUUUCUUGGUUUUCUUGUCUCCUUUUUUCCAAGUAUUUUUACUUUUCUGUUGGACUUCUGUGGACCAAAUGAGGUUGACCAUUUCUUCUGUGACCUGGCACCAUUGCAGAAUUUAGCUUGUUCAGACCCAUUUAUUAGUAACAUGAUGACUACUAUGGCAGCUAUUUUAGCUACAGUCUUGCCCUUUUUUACCAUCAUGGGGCUUUAUAUUCAUAUCAUAUAUUCUGUGUUGAAAAUCGAAAGCAUUGAGGGUAAAUCAAAAGCCUUUUCAACUUGCUCGUCCCAUCUCAUUGUAGCUUCUCUGUUUUAUGGUUCGGCUAUUAUUGUGUACGUCAGACCUAAAGGCAGUCACUAUGACAAGUUCCUUGCCCUCAUGUACACUGUUAUAAUACCAGUCCUGAACCCAUUUAUUUAUACUUUCAGAAAUAGAGAGGUGAAGAAUACCUUAAGAAAAACUAUUAGACAAUUUAUCAAGAUUCUCAGUUGA